UAUGGACGCCAUGGCAGCUCAUGCUAGCGAGCUCGAGAUUGCAAAGAAGAAUUUAACUGAUGCAAUUGGUGAUAAUGUCAAGCAUUACUGGGCGAACCUGAAGCUUUGGUUCAAACAAAAGAUCAGCAAAGAGGAGUUUGACAUUGAGGCACGUCGUCUGCUGGCUCAGGAGAAUGUCCAUAUUCACAACGAUUUUCUCCUGGCCAUCCUCACACGCUGCCAGAUCAUUGUCUCCACACCUGAGGGCGCAGGGCCAUUACAGUGGCAAGGUGGCUCUGCUUCAAAGCCUGGGAAACCAAAAGGAAAGAAGAAAUGUUCCUCCAGACAGAAAUUUGAUCAUCGCUUCCAGCCUCAGAACCCCCUGAGCGCCGCCCAGCCGUUCAGCCCCCGCGAGGUGGGGGGCGAGGAGGAGGAGCUGCGCCUCAGUGCCCACACCCUGCUGCUGCCCACGCGGGGCCAGCUGGAGGCCCGCAUGAUGGUGACAGCCUUCGAGCUGGGCCUGGACAACAUCACAGAAGAUGCCGUCAGCAGCAUGACCCAUGCUGUCGAGUUUCUGAUGCAGGUUCACCACGGUGUGAUGCCCUCCCACACCAUGUACGCCCUGAACAUGGAGCGCAUCCUGUCGCGGCUCUGGCACCCGAGCCACGAGGAACUAGAGCAGGACCACGUCCACCGGCAGCGCCUCGCCGCCAAGGAGGGCCUGCUGGUCUGCUGAGAGCCUCUGACAGGACUGUGUGUGAACUGUGGGUGUCAUCAGGAACCAAACACAUUGAAUCCCAUCAUGGAAAUGAAUGGGAAACAUUGUCAUUUUUUGUACAAUACCUGGAAAAUCACAUCCCUGUUGCACAAAGGGAUGAAGCAAGAUUCGAGCAAGAUGAAACAAAACCUGUUGGACAGUGGACACAGAUUUGGUCUAGCAAAUUAUUUUUCCUUUGUUCUUCCAGCCAUAUUGGCAGUUAACCAUCAUUUGAAACAGUUUUAUAGUGAGAAACUGAUUCUGUGGAAAAUGUAGGAUCUUCCAUCGGCUACAAGCAGUGUUAAUGACUUGGAGCACCACAACGUAGGCCUGUCACGAUAAAUACUUUGUUGGAUGAUAUAUUUUCCCGGAGAUAAUUCCAAAAACUGAUGCAACUGAAUAAUUCAUGCCACUGAUAUAAUAUUAUAACAUAAUGCUUCCGAAAGCCAAAACAUUUUUUAAAUAUAUUCAGGCAUCAGAAGGUGAACAAAUAUUUAAAUAUUAUGAAUAAAUGAAAGAAUAUUAAACAAAAAACGCUCAACCACGUACUACGUCAAAUAGGCCUAAUGAGCAAUUUCUGCGUUAUUGAAAACAAACGUGCAUGUAAACAAUACCGGCAACAUCAAAGCACUAGCAAAAAUGAUCAAACUAAUUUCAGAAUAUCUUACGACAAGUCCAUAACGGUAAUAUUAUUGAGGUCUUAAACAUAUAUUGUUUGUCUAAUAAUAUGUCGACGAUUACAUAAUUAUCAUGACAGGCCUACAAAUACCGUUAGAAUAUGUCAUUUCAAACAAACCACACUCAAGCUUUGUUUACAUCAGGUAAAAACAUAAAAAAAUAUAUAUGUACAUUACACACAGCUGUUUCACUUGUUUUGGAUGAUUAGGCCUCAUCUCAGGUUAAAGUGGGAGACAGCGCUUUGAUGAGAGUAAGGUGAGGUCCCCUGACUCGAUGCACCAAUUGGAACGAUGCAAAUUUCAAUUGUUCCGCCUUAACAGGUAUGUCAAUCAAGCGCUGUCAGCACAGGAUUAUUGGAGAGGUCUAAUCGAGACAUAAGUGAAAACACCUGGGUAGCUUCAUUGUGGUUGUGUGGGGCUCUUAAAGGGGAAUACUGCAUAGAUUUACAUUUCCAUAUUUUUUUUUUUUUCUACAGCCAAGGAAAAUGGUAUUAAUAUUCAUCAACAUGAGCUACUUUCUCAAAGCCAGAAGGGUAAAUCUCAAGCCUGGUGAUGUCAUCAGGUGGAUGAUGUCAUCAAGGAUACAUUCUAGUCACUCCAUAGGAAAUGAAUAGGAGACUGGUUUUCUGGACCCAUUCAAUGUUUAUUUUAUUUAAAAAAUAGUUUAAUUCUAUCGUACUGUUCUCAGUUGUGAAACAGAAAAUGUCCAUUGGGUGCUCCUAAUGUGUCUAUAACAUCUUCCACAAUUCAUUUUCCAUGGAGCAUGUUUACUAAUAUUUGUUGACUGUUAGAUCAGAAGAAUAACGGGUAUGCAUUUUGUAAAUGGGUGUAGUUCCUCUUUAAAAUGCCCCUUUUUGUCAUAACACUCACCCCUCAUGAAUACACUUUUUUUUUUAAAUGUCUUUAAAGUAUUCCUAGAGCAUUUACUGGUGUCUGGUUUAAAGGUCUGUGUGCAUCCAUCAGUGUUGGUCCACAAUUUGUAUGCAGAUUAAGCUACAUUUAUUUUGUUAUUUCAGUGCACUUGAAGAUGUCUUAUUGCCAUGUUAGUGGGCAGCAUCUAGUUCAGGUUGUAUAUACAUUUGUACAUCUUUAUUUUCUACUAAAACCUUAUUUUGUAACUCAACUACAGUGCAGAACAUAAAUAAAUCUCAUUUUUGUACAAGUA